GACCCACCUCUCAACAUCCACACUCGCAACCACCAUGCUCACACGGAGUGCACUGUGCCCAGCUAGGGCCUUUGCCAAUCGUUUCCCUCCCGCGAUACUCGCCCCCUCGUCACUAGGCGCAACCGCUUCCCUUUCGACAUGCACACGACCAAGCCCGCUUCCGCAACAGCGCAAUCGCCCCACGACGACAGCGACGGCGACAGCAACAACGGCGUCGUGCACCCAAUUUCCCCGCAGUAAAUGGCCGGUGCGCUAUGCGUCGACGACACCAGCGCAAUCCAUGGCCAACAAUUCCCCAGGCAGUACACAACCCCAACUCACAUGGGACGCCUUCUUCGCGCUGCGCCGGACGCGCCGCAGAAUUGGCCAGGCCUGCUCUGGCAUUGGCGCUGUGGGUGUCACGUACUUUGGACUCACGACAAUGAUCAACAAUGGCUAUGAUGCAACGCUCUCGGCGCAGCUCGGCGGCUUCGACCCCUUCAUGCUCAUGGGCCUGAGCACCUUGGGCAUGAUGGGCGUGGGGUGGCUCAUUGGUCCUAUCUUUGGCAACCAAGUCUUCAAUUUGGCGUACAGGGGAGUUAUUACCGAGUUCACACGGAAAGACUCGGCCUUUUUCAACCGCAUCAAGCGCCACCGUGUUGAUCCUACCGCAUCAUCGCUGGCCAAUCCUCCCCCGGAUUACUAUGGCGAGAAGAUUGGUAGUGUGGCGGGGUAUAGGCGGUGGCUGAAGGACCAGCGCGCCUUCAAUCUCAAAACGGGCAGGUACAAGGGCGCCAAGACACUGUAGUGGCAUAUACGUUUUUUAUUGCACGAACGCCAGUAUGUCUUAUGGCAGGGUAGUCGGUAUGACGUAGGAAUCAUGAUGAUAAAAGAUGGGGAAUGUACAUUGGGAUCAAAGAGAGCAUCUGGACUCGGCGCAACUCCAAAAAUCAUGCAUCAAUGGAUUGGCAUGACUCUUCGCUCUCUUUUUUUUCUAGUAUACACACUGCAGUGUUUUUACUGCUGGUCUCUCAGCUCACAUGUAUUAAAUUCUAGUGACAGACAUGUAACUCUUUGUACGUUUAUGCCCUGUUGACGUUCAAAACAUAUACCAUCAUUCCACUAAAUCAGGUUUCAACUCU